AUGGACAACACGUCCGCGCCCCGGAUCGACCUCUGCAACCUGUCCGCUGCCUCUCGCCCGCAGAACUGCACGUCCUCCGGCUCGGACUUCUCCCUCUGGCUGCCGCUCGUGUACUCGGUCAUCUGCGCGGUGGGGCUCGUGGGAAACACGGCGGUCAUCUGCGUGAUCGCGAGAGCGCCUGGCAUGAAGAGCGUGACCAACGUGUUCAUCCUGAACCUGGCCAUCGCCGACGACCUGUUCGCGCUCGUGCUGCCCGCGAGCAUCGCCGAGCACGUGCUCCGCCGCUGGCCCUUCGGCGAGCUCGCGUGCAGAGCGGUGCUCUCCAUAGACCACUACAACAUCUUCUCCAGCGUCUACUUCGUGGCGCUCAUGAGCGCGGACCGGUACGCGGUGGUGGCGUCCGCGCUGCGCUCGAGACGCGUGGCGCGGCGCACGCGCGGGCUGGCCUGGGCGGUGAGCGUGUGCGUGUGGGCGCUCGUCGUGCUCCUCGUGGCGCCCUUCACCGUCUUCGCCGGCGUCUACGUGAGCCCCGGUGAGGACAGGCCGAGCUGCGUGCUGACGUUGCCGCGUCCGGAGGCCUUCUGGUUCGCGGCCAGCCGGAUCUACACGCUCGUGCUCAGCUUCGUGCUCCCCGUGUCCACCAUAUGCGUCCUGUACGGCCUCAUGCUCUGCAAGCUGCGGCACGCGAGCGGCAAAGCGCUGGACAAGGCCAAGAGGAAGGUGACCGUGAUGGUGUCCGUGGUGCUGGCCGUGUGCCUGCUCUGCUGGACCCCCUUCCACCUGAGCACGGUGAUCGCGCUCACCGCGGAGCUGCCCAACACGCCGCUGCUGGCGGGAGUCUCCUAUUUCAUCACGUGCCUCAGUUACGCCAACUCCUGCCUCAACCCCUUCCUCUACGCUUUCCUGGACCCCAGCUUCAGGAGAGAGUUCAGGAAGAUGCUGGACUGCUGA